AGCUCAGCGAAGCGUUUGCGACAUCUCCCAUGAAACGUCAAGAUCCGUGAUGCCAUGAGUUUUACACAGAGCCUGUCAGGCCUGGGCGCCGUGCCUGGAGUCACUGGGAGUCACAACUAUGACCCUCGAAGCUCCUAUUGCGUGACCAUGUUGAGGCUCGGCCGCUCUGUCGCUCCAAAGGUGCUCCUGCAGAAGGACUUUUGGUUGCUCUUGUGCAUCCACUGCUUUACCUUUGCCUACUACAACAAUGGCUAUAUGGGCCAGAAGGACAGUGGUUGGAGGCUCAGCACCUUGGAGCUGGAGUGGUCCGACGUAGAGCUCAUGUUCAUCUUGAUGUCUUGUGCGCUUUGCUUUGCGGUGCAUCAGGCCUACUGCAGAUACCUCUUCCUUGGCGACCUGGUCUGGAAGAUGAUGGACAGCAUCUACGACUUCGCCUUUGAGGCCGUUCGGCCAACGAGUUCAUCAGGGGUGCAGCCUCGUCAAACUCAUGCAUCCAUAGUGCAGGCACGCCUUCUUCUGCGAGCCGAACACCAACCGUUCGAUCGCCUGGGCUGCCGCUGGGUUGUUGGUUCCAUGGCCUUGGUCCUAUGCGAAGUGAAGAAAGCCAGCAAGGGUAAGACCGUGGGGCAAUCAGACAUCUUGAAGAUGGUGGAUUUGGAAUUGAUGAGGCCUGGUGAGGCCGAUUUCCUGGAAGAACUCGGCACGCGCCAGAGGACCUUGGUCAUGAUGCACACAGCCUCCGACUGCACCUUCCAUGGGCUUCAACAGAACAAUGUUGCACCUGCGAUGACUCGGGAGGUGAUGCAGAGACUGAUGAAAUGCAAGAGCUAUCAGCUGCAGCUUCUGGACAACGCCAACUCCAUGCUACCCUUCCAGUACAUCCAUUUGCUGAGUGUGUUGACGGUCUUCGUAUCUUGCAUCUUGGGGGUUUGCAUGGGCAUUUGCGAUUCCUGGAUGGCCCCGCCAGCCUAUGCUGCCACAUUGCUGAUCAUUUUGGGCCUUUUUGAGCUGCUCUCCAGCCUCAGCAAUCCCUUCGACAGCAGCCUUGAGGCCGACUUCCCGGUGCAGAGCUGGGUCGCUGACUUCCUGUCAAAUCUCACGGUGCUCCUAAACUACGAGCACCGAAAUGACCAGUGGAAGUCAGAACUUCAGGAUGAAGUGGACAAUCCUGUUCAUUUCCCCUUGACUGUGGAGCAGGUCAGCGACAUCCUCUCUGGCGAGGUACAGCGCGUCAAGACCAACAGAGCCAAGGCUCCUGCGGGCUACAGUGCUUUGCGAGCUCAGGCGGAUCCUGAAGGGCCAUCCUGGCUUAGAUCUGUGAGGUUUGAGGAGCCAGAAGCGGAGGAGAAGAGUACGGAAAACUCCAGAGGUUGGUUGGGAGCUCUUGGAGAAGCCUUUGGCAUCACGACUUCGGAGAGAGAAGCUAGGAGUUUGGAGGCAUAGCAGCCUCCAUCCUUUCACUUCCAGGGGGGAUGAGAAGCCAAAAA